AUGGUAAAACACAACGUUGAGAACUCCAGAGGAGAGAAGGAAAAAGAGAGUGGCUAUUUCUCCCCAAACAGAAGAGGUGAUAAUGUGCAGCAGACGGAGGAGACCAAUAAACGCUCGUAUCGCUACUUUGAGAGAGGACGCCCUCUCCCGAGCAACUACGUCCCUGAGCCCAAAGCCUGCGUCCCCUACAGGAGCGUCAGCCUGGGUCUGCCAUCCCAGAGAAGAACCCCAGAGACGUACAUGCAAGAAACUUGGCGGAGCGAGUCCCCUCAGAGGUACACGUAUCACUCCAACUUCAGACGAGGUGCUGACUCGCAGAACAAUUCUCCAACACGUCACAGCUCUGUGAGUCCGGACCGCUACAAGGUCACGGAUUAUCCAGUGGAGCCCACGAGAGGGAGCCCCCUCUAUAGCAGCCAGACUCGAUCUGAUGUCUCGUCUCAGCUUCCAUCCCACGGUGUCUCCAGGCACACGUCUGGCAGGUCCAGUCCAUCCCGUAGGAGGGGGUCCAGAACAUCUCGGACAGCAUCACCUUCCAGAUCCAUCCGCUCACACAAGCAUACAGACUCUGUAAACUCACAGAGCGGUGAAUAUCUUCCGCAAAAGAGUUGCAGCAGAAACUCGAGAACCCCCUCCCAGGCUUCCAACAGACACAGCUUGGACUCAGAGAAGCUGUACAGAAACCUGGAGUCGCUCUCCCGCCGCAGUUCCACAGCAAAAAAUCAAUACGAAGGGCCGCAAACGAGGCCGUGUGAGGCGUCACCUCGGACAAGAACAACCGUCAGCAGCGUGGCUAACACCCACUCUCACAACAGUCGGGAUGUGUCACCGAGCAGGACAGUCCGCAGUCCUCAGAGCAACACCUCACCCAGAGAGCUUGACUUCACAGACAGCAGAAAAAGCCAUUCUCAAGGCUCCUGGCAGGGCUCCUCACACUCUUUACUCAGCCUCCCACGGUCUCAUGCGUCCGUGUCUUCGAGACAUGGUGCAGACUCGCAGGUUCCUAGUGGAUCACCAUCACAUAUAACAGACACUGACAAAGCCAAUGAGGAGACUCCAAGAAUCUCUUCUGACAGAAGCAGGAGCAGCUUGAGGAGGGGCAUGGAGAUCUUGCUGACCUCUGAACCUAAGAAGACUCCAGCAGAACUUGAGGAGGCAGGAAUGACCAUUGAUGACUACAUAGUACUAGCAGACAUACCAAGGAUACAAGUGGAGUUAGAAGAGGAGUUCCCAAUGCUGCGAUGUAGAAACCAGAGUCCUAGUCCGUGCAGGGACCAGAGAAUGCGGACAUACAGGGGUCAAGAUGAAGCAGACGUGUACCGCUCAAGGCUUGAAUUGGAGGAGAGGGGAAGGGUCAGAGAGAGGGGAAGAGACAGACGAGAAAAAUGCAGGGAUCCUGAGACUGGACGGUCCACCCUCAGACACUCAGCAGCAUCUGUUCACACACAGGUAAGGGAUACCGUAACCGGAUAUGUGUUCAACUUUCAUUUUUAAUCAUUUUUAUUGCAUUGAAGUCAUCGGACGGACGAAGCAAAAUGCACAGAUCUGUGAGGGAGAAAGAACAAGUUCCUGCUGAGCAACCUCUAACACAGGUCAGCAACAGUUUAUCCCCUUUUUGUAUGCCGUUUUUACUGCUCUUACCCUAAGCCCUGUAAAGAAAAUGGUACAAUAUAGUCUCUUAUGGAUCACUUUGAUUUUUUUUUUAAUUCAAAGCAAGUUUUGCAUGUUGACAUAUGCUUCAUUAUUAUGCUGAGAACUUCUGAGCUGAUUUAUGGCUCAUUAUAUUUGCUAGAGGCCCACUCCGAUCAUCUUUUGAUCUGUUAUAAAAGUCUUUCCAGUUCUCUUUAUGCCAUUUUCAGACAAAAUAAAAAAAACUGUAUUGUUUUCCAGAACAUAGUUUCUGCAGAGCAGCCGUAGUUCAUUAGAAAUUUGCCU